AGAUAUAGUGGUGACUUGUAGUCAAGCGCCGAUUAAUCGGAAACAAUAACACUAUCGUGCCGUGUUAAUUUAACGAAAUGUUGUCUUCGGGAGACAUAAUUUCCAAAUGUUUGCAAAUAAUUGUUUCAUUCCUCAUUAAAAAAAUUAACAGAAGGAAGAAGUAGAGGUGACAGACUAUUCAUGAACAAUUAUGUUGAUAGUGAAUUCUUUAGUUAAGGAAAUUAAAAGUUGUUUUUUUCUUUGGAAAUUUUUGAAAAUUAUCAUGAUCACAUAACGCUAUGUCGCAGCCUGCUGGAAAAAAGGGGGGCGGGAAGGGUCCCCCCAAGGAUAAGAAUGAUGACAACAAAGACCAAAAUAACAAAGCUGCCAAAGACAGUAAAGAGAAGGACAAAGAUGAGACCACCAGCAAUCCCGAAGGCGACGACACCCCCAGUUCCAAACCCCAAAGUGCCGGUGCCAAUGUUCGAGAUGCCGCCCAGCGAAUUCUCGUUCUUUGCCAAAAGGGCGAAUGGGCCCCUGUGGACCAAGUCCUCAAAUCCAUCGAGAAAUCCAUCGCUGCAGCUGGAGACGACGCCAACACCGUCCCCCUUGCUGGUGUUGCCGACCUAGCGACCGGCAUGACACCUCUCAUGUACGCCGUGAAAGACAACAGGACGUCCCUUCUUGAUAAACUCAUCGACUUGGGAUCGGAUGUCGGCGCUAGAAACAAUGACAAUUACAAUGUCCUUCAUAUAUCAGCGAUGUUUUCACGAGAGGACGUGGUCAAGUUAUUACUGACCAAAAGAGGAGUCGAUCCAUAUUCAACUGGUGGCAGUCGCAAUCAAACUGCUGUACAUCUGGUGGCGUCGCGACAAACAGGAACGGCAACGGCAAUCCUGCGAGCCUUGCUGCAAGCUGCGGGAAAAGACAUCAGAUUAAAACCGGAUGGGCGGGGCAAAAUCCCUCUCCUCCUGGCCGUAGAGGCCGGCAACCAGUCAAUGUGCAGAGAACUGCUAAGCGCCCAAACGGCCGAGCAAUUGAAAGCAGCCGCCGCCAAUGGAGACACCGCUCUCCAUUUGGCCGUACGCCGAAAGGAUAUCGACAUGGUCCGAAUUCUGGUGGACUAUGGCACCAGCGUAGACAUCCGCAAUGGCGAAGGCCAAACCCCCCUUCACAUAGCAGCAGCUGAAGGAGAUGAAGCUCUAGUGAAAUACUUCUACGGCGUUCGUGCUUCAGCCAGCGUCACCGACAACCAAGACCGGACUCCCAUGCAUUUGGCCGCCGAAAACGGCCACGCCAACAUAAUCGAACUCCUCGCCGAUAAAUUCAAAGCUAGCAUUUUUGAAAGGACAAAGGAUGGCUCGACUCUUAUGCAUAUCGCGUCUCUUAACGGUCAUGCAGAUUGCGCUGCUAUGCUAUUCAAAAAGGGUGUCUACCUUCAUAUGCCAAACAAGGACGGGGCUAGAAGUAUUCAUACUGCUGCAAGGUAUGGCCAUGUUGGUAUAAUCAAUACACUUCUCCAAAAAGGCGAAAAGGUUGAUGUGACAACUAAUGAAAAUUACACAGCACUUCAUAUAGCUGUUGAAUCGGCCAAACCAGCAGUGGUAGAAACACUGCUGGGUUAUGGAGCGGAUGUCCAUGUCAGAGGAGGGAAAUUAAAAGAAACAGCUCUACACAUAGCAGCACGAGUUAAAGAUGGUGAUCGAUGCGCCUUAAUGCUUCUAAAAUCAGGCGCUGGUCCAAAUCUGACAACACAUGAUGGCCAAACUCCAGUUCACGUUGCGGCCCAAUAUGGCAACUUACAAACUCUUCUACUUCUUCUCGAAGAUGGGGGCGACCCCCAAUUCAAGAAUAAAGCUGGAGAAACAGCUUUACAUUUAGCAAGCAGGGGUUGCAGACCCGACGUUGUCCAACACUUAAUCAACUAUUUGAAAGAACACAAAGGAGAUGAAGUUGCCGCAAGUUACAUCAACGAAAUUAGCGAGCAUGACGAAAGUGCUUUACAUUACGUCUCAGCUGUGAAAAAGGAGGACGUUGAAGUCGAGUUUGCUGAUAAGGAAGUAGUCAAACUAUUAUUAGAAAAUGGUGCCGAUGUAAAACUACAAACGAAACAACAUGAAACGGCUUUUCACUACGUUGCCAAGGCUGGUAAUAACGAUGUUUUGAUGGAAAUGAUUGCUCAUAUGUCUCCAAAUGAAGUUCAAAAGGCUCUAAAUAAACAAAAUUUGACCGGAUGGACACCACUUCUGAUAGCGUCCCAUAAAGGUCAUCAAGAAAUGGUCAAUAAUCUUUUAACAAACCAUGCCAGAGUCGAUGUCUUUGAUAAUGAAGGCCGUUCAGCACUACAUUUAGCAGCAGAGCAUGGGUACCUCCAAGUCUGUGAUUUCCUCCUUUCGAACAAAGCUUUUAUCAAUUCCAAAUCGAGAAACGGCAGGACUGCUCUCCACUUAGCUGCUAUGAAUGGUUACAUCCAUUUGGUCAAAUUUUUGAUCAAAGACCAUAACGCGGUUAUCGAUAUCCUCACACUGAAAAAACAAACUCCUCUUCACUUAGCAGCAGCAGCCGGUCAGAUUGAAGUCUGCCGCCUGUUACUAGAACUCGGGGCUGAUAUAGAUGCCACAGAUGAGCAAGGCCAAAAGCCCAUUCAUGCCGCAUGUCAAAACAACUUUUCCGAAGUCGCUAAAUUAUUUCUACAACAGCACCCAAGUCUUGUCAUGGCUACCACCAAAAAUGGUAACACAUGUGCUCACAUUGCUGCCGCCCAAGGGAGCGUAACCGUGAUUGAAGAACUCAUGAAAUUCGACCGACAAGGAGUCAUAUCUGCGAGAAACAAACUAACAGAUGCAACUCCUCUUCAGAUUGCUGCCGAAGGUGGUCAUGCGGAAGUCGUCAAAGCAUUAGUCCGUUCUGGAGCUUCAGUGACCGAUGAAAAUAAGGAAGGAUUUACAGCUGUGCAUUUGGCCGCUCAAAAUGGACACGGACAAGUGUUGGAAGUGUUGCGGUCUUCAAACACGUUGAGAGUCACUAGUAAAAAAUUAGGGGUCACUCCGCUACACGUGGCGGCUUAUUUUGGUCAAGCUGAUACAGUAAGAGAGUUGCUGACCCAUGUUCCUGGGACCGUCAAGUCGGAACCACCCAAUGGCGCGUCUCUAGUGCCAGCACUGGGCAAUGAGUCAGGAAUGACGCCCUUACAUUUGGCUUCUUUCUCCGGGAAUGAAAAUGUCGUCAGGUUAUUAUUGAAUAGCGCGGGGGUGCAAGUGGACGCCGCCACACACGAAAAUGGCUACAACCCUAUGCACUUGGCUUGCUUUGGGGGCCACGUGACCGUUGUGGGUCUCCUCCUCAGCCGUUCGGCCGAAUUGUUGCAAAGUCACGACAAGCACGGUAAAACCGGCCUUCACAUUGCCGCCACCCAUGGCCAUUAUCAGAUGGUGGAGGUGUUGUUAGGUCAAGGUGCGGAGAUCAACGCACCUGAUAAGAACGGCUGGACGCCUUUACAUUGCGCGUCCAGAGCUGGAUGUUUUGAUGUUGUUAAGUUGUUGACGGAGUCUGGGGCUUCGCCCAAAUCGGAAACUAAUCUCGGAGCUGUUCCGAUUUGGUUUGCGGCUUCGGAGGGCCAUCACGAUGUUUUGGAGUAUUUGAUGACCAAAGAACAUGACACUUAUGCUCUCAUGGAAGACCGGCGGUUUGUCUACAACUUGAUGGUGUGCUCCAAAAACCACAACAAUAAACCGAUCGAAGAGUUUAUCCUAGUUUCACCCGCACCUGUUGAUACAGCCGCUAAGUUAUCAAACAUUCUAAUCGUCUUAUCAGGGAAAGAAAAAGAAAGAGCGAAAGACUUAAUCUCUGCUGGAAAAUUCUGUGAAGCUAUGGCCACCGAACUGUUGGCCCUAGCAGCAGGGGCUGAUUCCGCUGGUAAAAUCCUGACGGCAACUGACCGACGAAACGUUGAAUUCCUCGAUGUUUUGAUCGAAAACGAACAAAAAGAAGUCAUCGCACAUACAGUAGUCCAGCGUUACCUCCAGGAACUCUGGAGAGGUGCCCUCAACUGGGCGGCGUGGCGUACGCUCCUUCUUUUUGUGUUGUUCAUAAUUUGUCCUCCGGUUUGGAUCGCCUUUACUCUUCCCUUAGGCCACAAAUAUUACAAAGUGCCGAUUAUAAAAUUUAUGUCAUAUCUCACAUCCCACAUUUACUUGAUGUUAUUUUUGUUGAUUGUGGGUAUAACACCACCGUACGCGGUCGUGAGGAAAAACUUGCUGCCAUAUUCGUACGAAUGGAUACUUUUAGUUUGGCUCAGUGGACUCCUUUUGUUUGAAUUGACAAAUCCGAGUGAUAAAUCGGGUUUAGGUUGGAUUAAAGUUUCUGUUUUGUUGUUUAGUAUUUUUGGGGUUGGGGUGCAUUUGAUGGGGAUUUUGUUUAUUGACCGAAACUAUUGGCCCACGUUGAUGUAUUGUAGGAAUCAGUUGUUUGCUUUAUCGUUUGUGUUAGCUUGCGUGCAAAUUCUGGACUUUUUAUCAUUUCACCAUCUGUUUGGGCCUUGGGCUAUUAUCAUAGGUAAUUUAAUGAAGGACUUGGCGAGGUUCUUGGCUGUGUUGGCGAUUUUUGUGUUUGGAUUCUCGAUGCAGUUUGUCGCUUUGAAUCAACCGUUCAAGAAUGGAGAGCUCAAUCCGCGCCGAGGGAAAUAUUUCGUUGACGAACAGGAAUCGUUGGUGGAGGAGGCGGAAUGGAUUGAGCCUAUUCCGGAGGAAAGCCCUGUUGGGAGGGCAUCUCUGCGUAAAAAGCGUCCUCCGCCUAUGGUAAUGAACCCGCUACUAGCGUUCGAGCUGUUGUUUUUCGCCGUUUUCGGCAUGACAACCUACGAUGAGUUGACUGCAAAGGAUAGGUCCGAUCCAAAACGUUUGCUGCGACCGACUUGGACGGACAACCUCUUCAAGGUGGUUUUUGGGAUCUACAUGUUGGUGUCCGUCGUCGUAUUGAUAAAUCUUCUAAUUGCCAUGAUGUCUGAUACAUACCAGCGCAUUCAGGCGCAAUCCGAUAUUGAAUGGAAAUUCGGACUGAGUAAACUCAUUCGAUCCAUGCAUCGAACCACAACUGCACCAAGUCCCAUCAACUUAAUAACAACGUGGUUGUUUUACUUGGUCAACAUUUGCAAGAAGAGAGUUAAAGCCAGAAAGCGUCAAAGUUUGGUCCAUCUCAUGGGAAGCUUCCAACGCCCUCAACAACUAAGUCCUAGAUCCAAAGCAGGUGCCAAAUGGUUGUCGAAGGUGAAAAAAGGAAGUCAAGUAGCUCCGAAGGAAUCCGUUGCUCUUUCAGUUGCCCACCUCAGUCCCUUAGGGUCACAAUUAAGCUUCACGGCUCAUACUACAAGAAUCGAACAUGUAACAGAUUGGGAGGCCAUCGCUAAAAAAUAUAGGGCCCUGAUGGGUGAAGUUGAUGAAGUGAAAGAACAAAAUGCUGAUGAAGAAAAUGAAAGUGAUGAAGAUGCAGUGCAAGCUUCCAAUAGUGUACAACCAGUGACAUAAAAUGACCAAAAUUAUCCACUUAGAGUAAUAGAAAGGAAAUUGUUGGUAAUUUUAUUAAAAAUGUAGGAUUUUUAUACUCCAUCAUUUCGUAAUGCUUGUAGUAGGAAUAAUAGCAGAAAAAUAGAAGUAAUCAAGUUAUUUGUAUCCAAAAUGAUUAGAUAUUUAAGUAGAGAUUGUUUAGUGUAUGCCGUAAUAAUAAUGUAGCUAUUUAUUUUUUAAAUAAAUUCGUAA